AAGGACCCUACAGCCGUAGAAAGAGCAAAUUUACUGAACAUGGCUAAAUUGAGUAUCAAAGGACUCAUUGAAUCAGCUUUGAGCUUUGGCCGCACUCUGGAUUCUGACUAUCCACCUUUGCAGCAGUUCUUUGUAGUCAUGGAGCACUGCCUGAAGCAUGGCCUUAAAGUAAGAAAAUCCUUUCUAAGUUACAAUAAAACCAUUUGGGGUCCUCUGGAACUUGUGGAGAAAUUAUAUCCAGAAGCUGAGGAAAUAGCAGCAAGUGUCAGAGAUUUGCCUGGUCUUAAAACACCACUGGGCCGUGCCCGGGCCUGGUUACGGUUAGCACUAAUGCAGAAGAAAAUGGCUGACUAUCUUCGCUGUUUAAUCAUUCAGAGAGAUCUUCUCAGUGAAUUUUAUGAGUAUCAUGCACUAAUGAUGGAGGAAGAAGGAGCAGUUAUUGUUGGGCUAUUAGUUGGGUUAAAUGUGAUAGAUGCUAACCUGUGUGUGAAGGGAGAAGACCUAGAUUCACAAGUUGGGGUGAUUGAUUUCUCUAUGUAUUUAAAGAGUGAUGAUGACGUUGGGGGUAAGGAAAGAAAUGUACAGAUUGCUGCAAUUUUGGACCAAAAGAAUUAUGUUGAAGAACUAAACAGACAACUGAAUAGCACAGUUAGCAGUCUACAUGCAAGAGUUGAUUCACUAGAGAAAUCAAACACUAAACUGAUCGAAGAGUUAGCGAUAGCCAAAAAUAAUAUAAUUAAACUUCAGGAAGAAAACCAUCAAUUAAGGAGUGAAAAUACUCUUAUUUUAAUGAAAACACAGCAUCAUCUAGAGGCAACUAAAGUGGAUGUUGAAGCAGAACUUCAAACAUACAAACACUCCAGGCAGGGUUUAGAUGAAAUGUACAAUGAAGCACGUCGACAGCUUCGAGAAGAAUCACAACUUCGACAAGAUAUGGAGAAUGAGUUAGUGGUUCAAGUUAGUAUGAAACAUGAGAUAGAACUUGCAAUGAAGUUGCUGGAGAAGGACAUCCAUGAGAAGCAGGAUACCCUCAUAGGCCUUCGACAGCAGCUUGAUGAAGUUAAAGCAAUUAACAUGGAAAUGUACCAAAAGCUGCAGGUUUCUGAAGAUGCUAUGAAAGAAAAGAAUGAAAUAAUUGGUCGAUUAGAGGAUAAGACCAAUCAAAUUAAUGCAACUAUGAAACAACUAGAACAAAGAUUGCAGCAAGCAGAGAAGGCUCAAAUGGAGGCUGAGGCCGAGGAUGAGAAACUUAAACAGGAAUAUGUGACUAAAUCUGAAAGUCUGCAGAAAGAGUUUUCCCAGAAGGAGAAACAGCUGCUUCAGCUGGAAACAGAUUUGAAGAUAGAAAAAGAGUGGCGGCAAACCUUAGAGGAUGAUCUUCAAAAGGAAAAGGAAACUGUAUCUCAUCUGAGAAUAGAGACCCAAGAAAUAAUUAACCUUAAAAAAGAGUUCCUUAAACUUCAGGAAAAGAACAAGCAACUGAAAAGGAUAUGUCAAGACCAAGAAGCUGCUCUCCAAGAACUGGCAUCCAAGCUGAGCGAAUCAAAGCUGAAAAUAGAAGAUAUAAAAGAAGCGAACAAAGCAUUGCAGGGCCAGGUUUGGUUGAAGGACAAAGAGGCUACACAUUGCAAGUUAUGUGAAAAGGAAUUUUCUCUUUCCAAAAGGAAGCAUCAUUGUAGAAACUGUGGUGAGAUCUUCUGUAAUGCCUGUUCCGACAAUGAACUGCCUCUGCCUUCUUCACCAAAGCCUGUUCGGGUCUGCGAUUCCUGCCAUGCAAUGCUUAUACAGAGGUGCUCUUCUAAUGUGCCAUAAGAUUAUUUUACAAGAUAUUUAUUACUUUUUGGUAUUUAGCUAAUCCUGUAAAAACAAAACAAAACAAACCCCAACCCAACUACAGAAUGUACAGCAGUAUUUCCAGAAUUUCAGGUAAGCAGUUUAGAGUUGCAUUUUCAAGGUAUCAUGGAGGAGUUACUUGUCUGCUUCCUGUUGAAACAAGUAGAGAAAAUGGCACCCAAGUGUAGAAAAUGCAUGUGUUACAUUGUCAUCUGUAUUUUUUAGUCUUAACAAAUAGCUCAGAAGCUCUUUUGGAGGAAGCAGGGCAGUUUAUAGAGGAGACUCAGUGUUAACAUGUAUUUGAUGAGUAUCUUGGUCGUUAUGAUGAUCUUGAAAAAGGUGAUACACUUACCUGCUUUUACAGGCUA